UGCCAAAUAACAGCGAUUCCGGCUUUAUUUGGAGUAGUCGGGGUUAGCAUUAUCUUUAGCAUUAGCAUUAGCGUUAGCAUUAGCGCUGGAAUCUUUCAGAAACUAGCGCUUUGACAUGGACAGGGUCAAAGCCGGGGUUUAUCCAGUUUAACUCGGAUUAACGCGCGCCUGUGUCUCGUCACACAACUCAAUCAGUUUACAACAACAACAACAACAAUAAUAAUAAUUUAGUGACAGAAUUAGACUUGUGCGGUUAUGUAAACCGCCAGCUAGCUAGCUAGCCCUAGCCAAACUAAAGUGAGUAAUUAGCGGUUCUGUAAACUGUUAGCAUUGUUAUUAGUUUAUUUGUUAUCGGAAUUGUACACAGGUGAAGUAUGGAUUUCAGCGUCAGGAGACUGGCCGCGGACGCUGGAACUUUUCUCAGCCGUGCAGUGCAGUUCACAGAGGAGAAACUCGGCCAGGCGGAGAGAACCGAGUUAGACGCUCACCUGGAGAACCUGCUGGCCAAAUCCGAGUCGACCAAACACUGGACCGAGAAGAUCAUGAAGCAGACGGAGGUUAUACUGCAGCCCAAUCCCAACGUGAGGAUGGAGGAGUUUCUGUACGAGAAGCUGGACAGGAAAAUCCCAACACGAAUCAACAACCACGAGCUGCUGGGGGAGUGCAUGAUCGACGCCGGGCACGAGUUCGGACCUGGGACGGCAUACGGAAACGCCCUGAUUAAAUGCGGUGAGGUGGAGAAGCAGCUCGGCGGCUCGGAGCGAGAGUUCAUCCAGAGCUCGGCCAUUAACUUUCUCACUCCGUUCAGGAACUUUAUCGAUGGAGAUUAUAAGACCAUCUCGAAGGAGCGUAAGCUGCUGCAGGUGAAACGCCUCGACCUGGACGCGGCUAAAACACGCCUAAAGAAAGCGCGAGUAGCGGACGCUCGCUCUGCGAAGUGUUGCUCCGCCCCCUCACCAGGAGAGGAGUACGUGUUUUCUUACAUGCUCUCCCUCUUGCAUGUCAAAUGGCUGAAGUUUUGGGCUCAGGAGAUCCAGCAGGCAGAGACAGAGCUGAGGAUAGCUCAGAGUGAGUUUGAUCGGCAGGCGGAGAUCACCAGGUUACUGCUGGAGGGAAUCAGCAGCACUCACGCUCAUCACUUGAGGUGUCUGAGUGAUUUUGUCGAUGCUCAGGCUGUAUAUUACGCUCAGUGUUAUCAGUACAUGGUCAAUCUACAGAAACAGCUGGGCAGUUUUCCUUCAGCGUUCUCCUCCAAUAAUAACCAGGCUGCUGCCUCCUCUGCUGGAAUUUCUGUCCCUGCGACCUUGGCCACGACCUUGACCCCGACCCCCACCGUGACCCCGGGUCAGAGUUCACCGAGCCUUAACGAGCUGCGUAACUCCUGCGGUCCACGCCGAGCGCGCGUGCUCUACGAUUACGAUGCAGCCUGCAGCAGCGAGCUGUCCCUAUUGGCCGACGAGGUGAUCACAGUGAGCAGUGAGCCAGGCCUGGAUUCUGAUUGGCUGAUGGGGGAGAGAGGACAUCAGAAAGGCAAAGUUCCCAUCACCUACCUGGAGCUGCUCAACUGAGAGAGAUAACACACACACACACACACGUCAUUUCACUCUCAAUUUUUGUGCCUUUUUUGCCGAGUAGCCAAAAACAGACUUUAGUAGCAUUUCAUUAAUGUGCCAGAAAAGGUUUUAUUUUAUACUCAGUGUGUGACUUUAUAACUAAUCCGGAGUUAUAACGCUUAUAAUGUUAUAAUGCUUUAAUAAAUAUCAAAGGUGGUUAUAAUGCCAAAUAUAGUAAUUAUUACUGUUUGUUUUGGUCUAAGAGGACACUACACACGUGUGAGAAAUGAGUUUAUGAUUGUAAUCCUGUUUGUUUGUUUUUUAAACACAACCAUAUUGACUUUCCCUUGUACCCUUGGUCAAGUCCCCUUGGUCAUGUUAUGAUCAUAUUAAAGUUCAUUAAAAUGGAAUGAACACACUGCAGCCUUCCGGAACAGUGUUUAAGCUGUGAAUAUAAAGAACAUCUCUUCAUAACA